AGAUAAAGAGAGAGGGAGAGAGUGAGAGAGUGAAAAGCAUCCUAAGCGCGAGAGAGGCGAUCAUACUGAAGGAGGCAGCUACAGCAACAGCAACGCUCCUUCCCCAUCAUCCUCCCUCUCCUCUAUCAUAAUCCCACGUCCACGCCGCGGGGGAGAUGGAGGGCACCCCGACCCAUUGAGGAGCACUGUCUGAAAGAGAGGAACAUCUCAAAUCAACCCCCCCUCCCGUGACUGCCUGGAUCAUUUUUUUUGGGGGGGGUGCACCGUAACCAACAAGGAGUGAAAGGAGGUGUGUACACACGAGCCUGCCGGAGGGAGGUGGGAAGGAGGGAGAAGGAGAGAGAAAGAGGGGGACGAGUGGCAGGGUUGGUACAGCUGCCGAUGCCAGAGUCUGACAGUGAGACAGACUGAGAGAGGGGGGACCUGAGGAGUGGAGCCGCUGGCACGUGUGGAGCGGAACUUGUGGAGCCAAGAGGAGGAGAGGAAAAUAGAUUCAACAUUCGCGCACAGCUGGACAGAUGAGGAGGCAUCAAGGACCACGCUUCAGUCCUGGGUGUAUGGUGUACUGACCCUGCCUGCGACAGGCGAGGAGUCAGAGGACCAGGGCCAUGAUUGGCUCUCCUGGCCCUGGUGGGCGUGCCUUAGUGCCAUGGCCGAGGGUGUGGCGAUGGGUCCUAGCUGCUUCUCUGGUUGCCAUGAUAACCUUGACGCUGCCAGGAAGUAGCCAGGCCUGUCCGCCACGGUGCGAGUGCUCGGCUCAGCUGAGGUCGGUGUCGUGUCAGCGGCGGCGGCUCACCAACAUCCCAGAGGGCAUUCCCACAGAGACACAGCUCCUGGACCUCAGCAAGAACCGGCUCCGCUGGGUGCAGGCCGGUGACCUGGCACCAUACCCACGACUGGAGGAAGUGGACCUGAGUGAGAACCUCAUUGCCACAUUAGAGCCCAAUGCCUUCGCCACCCUCCAGAGUCUUAAAGUGCUGAAGUUAAGGGGAAACCAGCUGAAGUUAGUGCCCAUGGGGGCCUUCGCCAAGCUGGGCAAUCUGACCAGCCUGGACCUGAGUGAGAAUAAAAUGGUGAUUUUAUUGGACUACACCUUCCAGGAUCUGAGGAGUCUGAAACAUCUGGAGGUGGGAGACAACGACCUGGUUUACAUAUCCCACAAGGCAUUCUCAGGGCUGCUGGGACUCGAGGAUCUCACAAUAGAGCGCUGCAACCUGACAUCCAUCUCUGGCCAGACACUGUCCUAUCUCCGCAGCCUGGUCACCCUUCGCCUCUGUCACCUCAGCAUCACUGCCCUGGAGGACCAGAACUUCCGCAAGCUCUCCAACCUGCGGGGUCUGGACAUCGAUCAUUGGCCGUACCUGGAGUACAUCUCCCCUCUGAGUUUCCAGGGCCUGGACCUCCACUGGCUCUCCAUCACCAACACCAACAUCACCUCUGUCCCCUCCGCCUCCUUCAAGAACCUGGUGCACCUCACCCACCUCAACCUCUCCUACAACCCCAUCACCACACUAGAGCCCUGGGCCUUCAAGGACCUGCUCAGACUGAAGGAGCUCAUCAUGGUAAGCACAGGGUUGAUGACAGUGGAGCCCCAUGCCUUCGGAGGCCUCCGGCAGAUCCGGGUGCUCAACUUCUCCUCCAACGACCUGCAGACUCUGGAAGAGGGCUCCUUCCACUCUGUCAACAGUCUGGAGACCCUCAGAGUGGAUGGGAACCCCCUGAUGUGUGACUGCCGUCUGUUGUGGAUCCUGCAAAGACGCAAGACCCUCAACUUUGACGGCAGAGUGCCGGUGUGUGCGGGGCCGGUGGAGGUGCAAGGGGUCAGCCUCAGCACCUUCACCGAUUCUGCACUCUUCGAUCACUUUACAUGCCAGAAACCUAAGAUACGCAACCGCAAGCUGCAGCAGGUGAUCGCUCGUGAAGGCCAGCCAGUGAGUUUUCUGUGUCGAGCUGAGGGAGAACCUGCACCUGCUAUUGUCUGGAUUUCCCCACAGCGUAGACGGAUCACAGCGAAGAGCUCAGGGCGCAUUACUGUUCUCCCUAGUGGCACCCUGGAGAUCCGCUACGCCCAGCUCACCGACAGCGGAACAUACAUCUGCAUUGCCAGUAACGCUGGAGGUAAUGACACCUACUUCGCCACACUCACAGUGCGUGGCCAGCCGCUUGACGCCGCCUCAGCCUUCUUUCUCAACCGCUCGCUGUACAGCGGCGAGUUCUUCAACGACACAAAUCUGAACAGCACACGUGUUUUCCUCAAGUUCACCUUGGACCUGACCACCAUCUUGGUCUCCACUGCAAUGGGUUGCAUCACCUUCCUGGGGGUGGUCCUCUUCUGUUUCCUGCUGUUGUUCGUGUGGAGCCGGGGACGCGGCCAACGCAAGAACAACUUCACAGUGGAGUACUCUUUCCGGAAAUCCGAACCCGCAACUGGAGGCUCCUCGGGAGGGACCAGGAAGUUCAAUAUGAAGAUGAUAUGAAACAACGCAGCCAGGGGUCCCUCGGGGGAGGCAUGAGCACGUCCCAAAAACGUGUUUGACACACGCAAACGCACACAGCCACUGACUCGCAAAGAAGUUUGAAAGCACAAUGUAAGUUCCUGUCCAUGGCUCCUUUCAAAAUUGAGCGCCCACAUCAAAACCGGAGCCAUGACUCGAUUUGGUUUGAUUUGUGAACGAGAACAAAAUGACCCUGACCUCUCUGCCUCUCAGUGGUUUUAUUCAGCAUGUGGUGAAAAAUAUGUUUGAAUGAUACUGUAAGGAACUGCAGUAAUGAUAGAUUGGAAAGAGCUACUUGUCAUCCAUGCUUGAUAAGAAUAAUAGAGUUAAGAAUCAUAGGCGAUAAGUUGUGAAUUGGCAUGAUUACCGAGCUGUGGAAUACUGGUAGUCCUGUCUCUUGGUUACAUUAAUGAGGAAAUGAAAAAGAUUUCCUUUUGAUUAAAAUUUCCCUUUACUGUAUUCUGUGCAGUCAGGGAUUUUAAGAGGAAUGUAAUUCAAGGAGACCUGGCUGCCAUCCAUUUAUAGAAUUUGUAGCUAUGCUCCAAGAAAAUCUGCCUUGUUAAGAGUCAUGCAUGUAGAGUUGCAGUUGAGAGUUAAGUUGUAAAUUUAUACAGCUAAAUAAAACAAAUGGUUUUGAAAGAAAAUUUGAAUAUGUUUUCUAUAGAGUAUUCAGUAUAACAGCCAGCUUUAUCUAUUCUGACCACGACUGAACAGUGAGGGGGAUUAUAUUGGGUCAAACACUUCAUUAACAUUAUCAUAUGUCAUUUGUUUUAAUGAGCAAAAGCUUAAUGGAUGUAGAAGAUGAUCUGAUUAUAAUAUUUGGUGAGAAGGAAUGAAUUUGGACCAUUCACAUAAAUGACAAAUAGACAAACAAAACAUGAUUUGGCCUUUACUACGUUAGAAUUUGCGACAACGUUAGCUGUGUGAGUUUGGGACGAGCGCACUACCCGGGAGUUACCGUGGCUGCCCGUGGGCCGGAGAGUUUGGUUAGGAAGUCAAGCCCACCGGACACGGGCAGCUACGGUAACCAUAGCAACCAAUGCAAGCAAGAGCAAGAAGGGGCCGGGCUGGUGGCCACGGGAGGGUUGCUCAGUAGCAGAGGAGGGAAGAAAGAAGUCAAUGUGACCUCUGCUUUCUCUCCUCUAGAUCAUAUGCUCUUUCAUCAACAGGAGAGGGACGACCCACCGGCCUCCGCCCUGCCCUGUCCCUGCCCUCUGCUGCGUUGGUGGACGCCUGACCUUCCCAGUGCUGCCAGGGGGGAGCAGCCUGGAGGGUUGGGUCAUACUCAGAGGCAGACAGAGGACACACAGUAGCACUAUGGAGGUGUUCACAUACAUAUCAACACAUUCAUCCUAGUAUUGUAUAGCACCUUUUCUCAGGAAAAGUGCAAUAACUGGCCGACAGAGUGAGUGUGCACCACAAAUAGUUACUCUGUUAAAAUAGUACAUUCCAACAAUACUGUAUGUAGAAACAUAAAGCCAAAAUUCAUUCUCUGAGAGAGAAGUGAUGUAUAUAUGUGAGUGAAGAAACAAAGCCAUAGUAUCUGUAGGUUGUUUUUUUAUACAGUAGUGUGUGCAUGAUUCAGUUAUAUAAUAAUAAUUAUUGCCAUCACUGCCAUCUUACAAGCUGUCAGGAUGAUUACAGGACCAUCUGCUGUCACUGUGCUUGCAUAAAGUUGCACCCCAUAACGCACACGCAUUCACACAAAACACACAACAUCAAGGUUAUUUGAAAUGGUAGGAGCAACACACAUAGUUAGAUGCGAAUAAACAUGCAAAUUGACAGUGCACCACAGCCAUCACAAAGUGCGAUGCUGAGUGCUCUCUCUCUCUCUCUGUCUCUGACACGGUCAGUGCGCGAAUGUCUCUGCCCCCCUAGCCCAGUGCAUCCCCCCUCCUCAACCCCACCACCCCCACCCCCACCCCCCUUACACCCCCACUGGGUCCUCCUUUGGGAGGGGUCCCUGGCUGGAGAUCGAGGAUUCAAAUGUAAAUGAAGUCGUGUUAACCCUACCCACACCAUGUGUAUCGUAUAGUGGAGAGUAGUACUGUGGUUUUAAAAACAACAAAAAAAUGACAAAAACUUUCUUUGAAGUGUUCUGUUGUUUUGUUUGUCCUCCAUUUUAAUUUACUCAGCUGUUGUUCUCCAUGACCUUUUAGCUGUUUCCCAUUUUAAAGCUCCUCGUCCUCCAUGUGGGACUGUUCUGUUCUCAAGACCCAAUAAAUCUCACUUACACUAGACUGCCUGUUCACAUCUCAGUUGGCAUAUCAACUGAAACCAGACAGAGCAAUAUCUUGCUCAACAAAAGAGACUUAAUCUAAAGCUUUGGUUUCUAAUAUAGUUUCACAAGUUAAAUCAGAGGUAUUUCAAGAGAUAGCAAAAUUAAAAUUCUGGCCCAACAUAUGCCUGGGUCCUUGGCCCGAGUCUGGCCCAUACACUUCCACAUCUGGGCUGAUUCUAGCUGUUAUCCUCCAGUGUUGGCUGACAGCCUGGAAGAUUUUGUGUGUGUGUUCCAGAAUUGGUCCAGAUGUGGAAGUAGCAUCUGGCAGCCGCACUGUAAGUGGGCUGAACUUGUGCCGAGAAACCGGGCGUAUAUUGAGACAUGAAAAAAAAUGUUAAUAUGUGGCCCUUCUUUUUUUUCAAAUACUGGAUAUUUUUGCCUCUUCUGGAGAGAGUGCACAGGUGUUUGUCAGUUGAAUAUUUGCCGAGUUAAAAUGCAGCCUGUUUAAAGUAAGUAGAGAUUUGCACAUCAUUAAAUUAAAACUGGUUGCACCAUACAAACUAAUUCUUAUGUAGAGAUUAAUUUGCUAGUCGCUAAUUGUUUACACCCACUAACUGCCAGGUGUAACAGCUAUUAUUAUGACCUGUUCACAGUAAUGUUAAAGGUAAUAGAAUACGGUCGAUAUACGAGACCUGACACUUUAUCAAUUAUCUCCAAAAAGGUAAACUGGUAAGGUUUUAAAUGACCUUUCACCAAAAUACAUGAUAUCCCUCAAAUUACAAAACAUUAUGCUAACAACAUUAGGUUAGCAUAAUCAGAUAUGUCCCACUCGUUGUAAACUGCAUGAAACACAUAUUUCACACAUAUUCACAUAUAAAUAGAACAAAGUUAGUUUUAUUUGGCUGCUAAAACUCUUAUGUUUGGGAGUUAUACAACUCGGAAAACUAGACAACACUACAGAUGUUUACACAUUGUUUUAAUGGUGCAGCCUGAUCUACUACAGUUUCUAGUUGAAAACUAACUAUUACUAGUAGUAGUAAUUAGAAUGGAUUUUACACACAAACUAACAAAUCAAUUUACAAAUAGCUGGUGUAACCCAGUCCUAUCACUAGCUGAACCAACUGACACGGCUAAUGUUACAUUGGUUUGACUGGUUAUGUGAAAGAUUGUUAUCAUGUGCAACAUAGGAUUUGCAAAUACACAGAGGGUUAUAGGCUACUAUAAAAAAAAAAAAAAAGUUGGGAGCCACUGAUCUCAAGCACACCUAUAACAGUUUCUAAAGAUAGGCUUGCCUCAGGUUUUAGAGGGCCUCAUACUCUCGAAAACUUUUGCAAACUAAAUCCUGCAAACUCCAUUUUUGUCCCUUGUGAGGGAUGAUGAAACCCCGGCUUCUGUGUCAGGAUUAAUAACUGAACAGCUGUUAAAGAUUCAUGAGGCUGAAUGAGAAUAGAUUAACAAUGUGUCAGCGAGCAUUUUGGCUCACACGGUGUUGAGAACAGGACGUUGCCUUCAUGGACAUUUCUUCUCCCUGAGCCGACCCUUUUGUGUUUCCAUUCCCCGGUAUUUCUCAGUGGACACUAGGUUUAGAAGACAGUGACAAUGUCUGUCGUGGUUGUUGAUGGUGUUAUUGUGUAAGCAUCAAUCACAAAUGUAAGCAUAGAUGAGGGUGUGUUUUGUUUUUAUUAUCUUCUUCUCCUCCCUCUCUUUACCGUCCUCCUCCCCUCUUCCUGGUCCCUGUCUUCUUAACAUUUCCAACCCUCGUCGUCCCUGUUCACAGUAUUAGGCUGGAAUAUGGUUGUGUGGUAGUAGACACGUGUUCUGUGAGUCAGUGUUGUCGUGUUAUGAUUUGUUGCUCCUUGUGAUGCCAUCGAAUACGGAGCAGUGAUUGGAUCAGUGAAGACAAACGAUGAAAGGGGUGACCCAGGUUCCCAAAAAAAACAAACAAAAAAAACCAAAAAACAAACAAACAAACAUUGGUUCCCAUUUCACGCCCUACCCAUUCCUGAAAACCCACUUCUGGAACUUUCCCGCUCUGCACAGUGCCACUCUGGGAUCUUUCUCUGGAUAUGAAAACCCAUGGACUGUACUGUAUGUAUUUUCUCUGCUGAUAUCUUGUCACACUUAAACCUUCUAAUGUAGAAAGGGGGGGUGGGGUUGUUGUUAGCCGUGUUAAGCUGUGAGCCGACACUCACUAUCUGCCGACUGUGGUUCACCGAGACAAGGAAGCAGUCCAUUCAUUGAAACAAGCACUUGUAUCUAUUCAAGCUCCACAAGUACUUGAAAGUUGGAGGAACUCAUUUUCCUUCAAGCUGAAUGCUCUCUGAAAAAAAUCUAUCCUCCUCUCUUAAAUUUCCUCCCAGAGCUCCAUUAUCAAAGGUUUUUUAGAUUAUGAUAAAUAUUUUAAUUGAUAUAACAAAGACUUUGCUAAACAAUUCUUCAGCAGUUCUCCUGGUGCCAGUACGCGCAGCUUUGCAGCCAAGCCGUCGCCUCAGUCUGGCUGACAGACUCCCAGUGUUUGUGGACACCAGUGGAGCUGAGCCUGAUUCAUCUCCUCUGCCAUGAUUCUUGAGAAAGUAGGCUGAGUGAUCCCCCGCUCCCUCCUCCGGUUCGUCCUUGCCUCGGGUUGGUGUACCGUAGUCUAGACGCCCCAUUUACAGCAGCAGCAGCAGCAGUAACCUCACUGUUAGGGAUACCUUCCGCUCGGGACCUCUUCAAAGACGGAGACUAAAAUAAGACAAACCCUCAGACACAGAUAAUCAUGGCACCAUUACCAGCCAAGCUUUAAUUAUUCAUUUUUUGGUUUGUAAUAUUGUUUUCAUUCUAUUCUUCAGUUAAAGGGGGCUUUGCUCUUAAUACAUUUUUGACUAUUUUGUCCUCACCUGCACUUCUGCAGCCUUGGUCCAGUCAUUUCUGACUCUAUAUUAGCUCCAAAGGAAUCCAUCUCUUACUCCAGAUUCUACAGCUGCUGUUUUGAUUGGAUUAGACUUGAGUUGAAUUAUGGGAGCUGAGAGGAGCAGUAAUGGGAUGACGGAGAAGUGAGCUCGGCUGAUUGGGUGAUUACUUGGCUUAUUAGUCUGAUUUCCAUAGUAGACCUCUCAGAGCAGGGUGUCAUACAAAUGUUGGAGGCUGAAUCCAUGGUGUUGUUUUAGCUUUUAACACAUCUGUUACACAGAAAUAUUACCUGUGGCAGGUUCCUCUAACUGGGCAAAGAGUCACAUUCAUGUAUAAUAAGAUUGGUGAAGGCUGAGCACUGCUGAAGGAUUGUUUAAAAGCACCUUGGACAGACAACUGCUCCAUCUUAACCUUGACCAGACAAGUACAAGUGCCCCCCUUUCUACGUGGCAAUACUGACCCCCAGUGGUCAACGUGAGUAACAGCAACAAAUGGGACCAUACGGUUGCCGUUGAUGUACCAGUAUUGUAUGUGGUAGGAAAACAAACCAACAACUCUGGGUCUCUUAAAGUGAAACACUAAAGAGAGCAAAUUGACUGUUAGCUUCACGAGUCAGUGCUUCACUGAUUUUCUUAUAGCCAUAGCGUGACCUCCUCUCCACUCCGGGUGUCUGGGGCAAUGCUUUGCUCUCAGGCACCUGUGUGGGGAAAAGGUGUUAUCAGGACAAGCCUCCAUCUGAUCAAAAGCAACAGUGCUGACCUGGUUUGCUGGGACUCAGUCUGUAGAUUAGACAAAUACUUUCUGAUGCCCCCACCAGUCUCACCACCAACAUAACAAACAAUAACCAACUAGUAGAAUAUCACAGCAUCAUUCUUUCUCUGUAUAUGACUGAGAGCUGGUCGGAAAACGAUCGGCUCCUCUCUAGAGAACAAACUUUCUUUCUUGUGGUCUUAGCAGGUUUAAUCUAUGCAUGCCUUUUGUAUACAGUGAUUGGUCUUGCCAAACUCUCACCUACACUUGUAUGGAGAGCUGUGGGUGCCAUAGUUGCGGGCCAUGGGACUGGUUGAAACAAACUGCUGUAAGAGCAAGUGAGACCAUUCAAGUGUUUUGGAUCUGGUACAAAUCAAAGCCAGGGUCAAGUAAUAAUCUGCGCCUGCAUUCACGGAUAUUCAAAGAAGUGUGCAUCUUACAAAAGAAGCAUUUGUUUACUUGGGAUGAUUGUACCUGUUCACAUAUCUAUCCACACACAGAGGAUCUGCUCGGAUAUGUAAGCUGUAGAUAAAGCGAUUGAUAUUCCAAGCAGGAUGGUGGGACUGAUCAAUGCAGUAUGGGGAUAGGAUUAUUAAUGGCAUACUUACAUUGAUCUAUCUUGAACCUUGUCACUCUCCCAGAAUCCCUCUGGAGUAGGAGGAGGCGUACAGAGCUCUCACAGACCUGGUUGGCACUCAUUCCUAGGUUUCCACAUUACCUUUUAAGAACAAUUUAACUUUUCCUCUUUUAAGAACGAGAUGGUGCCAGAUUUCGACUUUAUUCUCCAGGUCUGAGCCGAUGUGACGCUCUCUCGCUUCUCUCCCACUCCUUAGAGAGAGGAGGCUGUCAUUGACAUAGCUCUGUAUUUGUUGGAGCCCUCUAAUGGAAAGUGUAUUUCUCAAAUUUGGCUGGGAUGAACUUAUCCUCUCCUCUUUCUUUCUGUCUCUGUUGUCUUCUCUCUUUCUCUCUCUCUCUCUCUCUCUAUCUAUCAACCUGGCACCGACCUCGUUAAACAUUUCAGAACAUUUUUCAUCGAUCACUCAACUAGUUUUUGCACUAAUGCAUAUUUGUUCCUCUUUUAUACAGUCGUUACUGACUUCUGAAACCUAGGAAUGGGUGCUGAGUGCCCCAAUUAAAUACAGAGCUAAUGUAAAGACAAUUUGUUCAGCUUGUCAAAUUGAACGGUGUCAAGUGAUGGCUCGGCUCACAAUAGCGACUGUUAUACAGUAAGUACCAAAUUUGGACUCUCCUUUUCUCUGGCUUCCCGAACAUCAGACUGUACCUGAAUUAUCACAUUUAUAUUUUUGAUGUGUGGAUCCUUGGAUACGAAGAACAGAAACUGUACAUAUUAGGUCUAUUAGCCAUAUCACGUCAUCCAAUCUGUAGACCUCCUUGCCAUGUCUGACAGAGGAAAAUGACUGUUGAACUGUAAAUAGUGUAGGUAUAGAAAUAUAGGAUUUAACUGCUGCUUCUUUUCUCCAGGGAUCACCCAUGUUUUGCUCAGUCCCAUGGCUGCUUGGUCUCAAAGGGAAGGAUAAAACAAUAAUGUACUUGUCUAUAAAACACAUAUGAGUUCUUUUUUUAUUUCAAUGUAUGUUUUAUAUACUGUCUGUCUUGUAAAUUAACUCCUUUUUCGUCAUAAAAGCAUGAUGUGACUCUG